AUGGAGUACGCUCAGUACCAGCAGCCUCAGCACCAGGCGUCGCCCAUAGUGCCGCCUCAGCCGCACCCUCACUACCAGGGACAGCCCCAGCAACCACCACCACCACCACCACCCCAGCAGCAGCAGCAGCAACAACAACAACAACCUCAGCAACAUCCUCCUCCACAGCAGCAACCCCAAUCUCAAGGUCAACCUCCCCAGCCGGGCCAGAUGAGUUUCCCCCAGAGCUACGCCCCUUAUGGCAUCUCUCCGACCCAGGCCGCCGCCAUGGCCACCGCUGCUGCCACGGGCCAGUUUUUCCCCUUGCACCAGGACUCGACGCGCCUCCCCAUCAAGAACGAGAGACCCAGACAGUCGCCUCAGCAGGCCCACGCACAACCAUCGGCCGCUGCUGCUGCUGCCGCCGCCGCUGCUCAGAGACGCAUGUCCCAACAGCUCUCCGGCAGUCCUCACUCCAUGCCUCGACAGCCACAGCAACCACCACCACCACAACCACAGCAACAACAACAACCGCCACAAUCGCAACAACCACAACCUCAAUCACAGACACAAGCUCCUCCUCCACCACCACAACAACAACCCCAACCGUCUCCCGAACUAGCUCCUCCUGGUCCCCCCGCAGAAGAAUCUCCCCUCUACGUCAACGCAAAACAGUUCCAUCGCAUCCUCAAGCGACGCGUGGCCCGCCAAAAACUCGAAGAACAGCUCCGUCUCACCUCCAAGGGCCGCAAGCCAUACCUGCAUGAAUCACGACACAACCACGCCAUGCGCAGACCAAGAGGUCCAGGAGGCCGCUUCUUGACCGCAGACGAAGUAGCCGCCAUGGAAAAAGCACAGGGCGGAUCAACUGGUACAAAUAACAACUCUGCCUCUACAAACGAGAACAAAGAAGUCACCGGCCAGAAGAGGAAGAGCAUAGCCGAGUCUUCGUCUCCGGGCUCCAAGAAGCCCAAAACAUCUCCCCUUAGAACAGGUGCCAACGCCAACGUCGCCGCUGCUCCUACUGAGACCAGUGACGCCGAGGACGAAGAUGGCUGA